AUGGCCGAUAGGCCUUCUUCUCCGACAAAGUUCCUUCCUGGAGCGAGGGUUCAUUACGCUGGCGGGAAGAAAGGCCCCUGCGAUGGCACUGUCCGCUUCAAUGGCACCGCUUCUUUCGCAACCGGUCGUUUCAUCGGCGUCGAACUGGACCAACCAGUGGGAUUGAACGACGGCUCAAAAGAUGGCGUAACGUACUUCACCUGUAAAGAAGGACAUGGUGUAUUUGUGCGUGCAAAUGCAUUGACCUCCUUGAAGGACGAGGAUGCGAAGAGCGAUGCAGGGAGUGCUGCCAGCACAGAAAGGUUGAGCAGUAGGGCGUCACCGGUCCCACCACCUAGCAGAGACUCGUCUAUAUCGCGACGCCAGUCCUCUAUUGCCAGUCAAUCGGACUCUCGAGCAACGUCGCCAUUCAAGAUACCGGCUCUUCCGCUGCCACGGACUGGUACUGGUCCGCGAUUGUCCAUGAACACAAACACAGCUCUGCCGCCUAUAUCAGCUGUCCGCAGGACGAGCGGUACGACGCCUACGACAGUCGCAGGGCGAAGAUUGUCACGGACGCCAUCCCAGACCAGCGAUACUAUACCAACCGCAGAUAAACCUGUGUCAAGUCGUACACCCUCUGCCACUGCACUGCGGCCGCCGUCAACAGUCCGCAGGCUCACCCCAGUAGGACCAGCGUUAGACGACAAACGUGAUACUACACCUGUGGUGCGGCCCCCGAGUUCGACAGGUACGUCUGCCGCCCGCCGUCUAGAGUCGAACGUAUCUUCAACCUCUACAGCAAGUUCGAAAGACUUUGACGACCUUCGUGCCAAAUAUGUGAAACUUGCCAAGGAAAAAAUGAAGUUGGAGGGUCAAUUACCGAGCUUAUCGGAGGAGAUUGCUUCACUGCGGAAACGGAACAGCGCCCUCGAGCGCACCUUGAAGACGUUGGAAGAUGAAAAGAUCACCAUGGAGGCUCGAGAUGUGGAUCAUGACGAAAUCGUGGAAAUGGCUACGUUGGACAAGGAGAUGGCAGAGGAGAAAUGCGAGGUCCUUACAAGCGAAUUGGAAAUCCUGAAAGAGAAGCUUGAGGAGCUACAGCUUGAGGUCGAAGUAUUGCGGGAAGAAAACGGUGGAAUGGGACGAGGUACCACCGAGGAGGAAAAGGGAAGCUCUGGGUGGAUUCAGAUGGAGAAGCAAAAUGAGCGUCUGAAGGAGGCACUUGUAAGGCUGCGGGACAUUUCGGCUGAGACUGAAGCGGAGCUGAAAGCACAGUUGAAGAGUGCCGAGAAAGAACUGCAGCAAGCACAGCAAGUAAAGCCGCUGUACAAUAUCACCAAAGAGCGCCUAGAGCAGAGUGAAUCAAUUGUCGAUGAGCUUCGGCAACAACUUGAUGCUGCCAUGGGCGCGGAAGAAAUGCUGGAGGAUCUCACAGAGAAGAACCUCACGAUGUCGGAACAGCUUGCGCAAAUGCAAUCCACAAUUGAGGAUCUUGAAGCGCUUAAGGAGUUGGCUGACCAGCUCGAGGAAGAUCACAUCGAAACAGAGAAGCAGAUGCAGCAGGAAAUCGAUUACAAAGACAUGUUGGUCCGUGAUCAGACGAAGCGUAUUCACGCAAUGGAGGAAACUACCUUCGACUAUGAGAGCACGAUCAUGCGGUUCAGAGAUCUUGUGGGCGUGAUGCAGGCAGACAUUGAUUCGUUGAGACGGGCAAGGGAGAUGAGUGACACUGAGACUGAUCAACUCAACGCAAGAACCCGAACAAUCGAGGAUCUGAAUCUCAAACUCCAGGCGGUUUCGACGGGUUCUCAAGCGAAGACUAUCGACCUUGAAUUGGGUAAGCUGCAAGCCCUUGAAGCAGGCGAACAACUGGCAAUCGUGCAACUGUACCUUCCCGACAGCUUCGCCGAGCAUCGUGAUGCCAUGGAUGUCUUGAUGAAAUUCAAGCGCAUAGCAUUCAAAGCCAAUCUCUUGCACCAGUUGCUUCAGAAAAGACCAGUGCAGACAACAUUGCGCAGCGAGGACGACGUUGCCGCUUUCACCGAGGUUUUGGAACACCUGGUCUCCAUCAACGGGUUGAGCACGCAGUUCAUGGCCUACCUGGAUAAGUGCGAUGUGGAACAGUUCCUCUCUUUUGGCGCUGUCCUUUUCGAGCUGGAGCCCGUUGAGAAGACGCUCGAUAGAUGGAUCCUAGCAAUGAGGCAGGACGAGGUGCGUGAAAGGCCAUUGUCUGAAGAGCUGCGUGGGAACGUCGCUCUGCUUUCACAUCUGAGUGAAGUCCGGCUUGGCAGCACCUCCAACGCCUCUCCAGAAAGAUAUCUUUCCCUGGCUGGGUCUAUCGAGCAGUUUGUAUCAAACGUGGAGGUGAUUAUAUCGCCUGUCAGGCAGUUCGUCAACGAACGUAUCACGCCUUCUGACGAGACUCACGUGGACGGUUCCGAUACCCUGAAGAAGCUCGAAAAGGUCAUCGGUCAAGCGAGGAACGCUAAAGUCGUCAUCGGCAGGGUUUCGAGUAUUCUAAAUGGCCUCAAGUCCAAUGGAAGUACGCCUGACACAAAUGCUCUCGCCACUCUUGAAGAGGUUGCUAGCUUGUGCCGGAACGCCUUAAACCUCUGCCGCGACGUUACUAAGCAAUUACGCAUAGCCGCUGAUGAUGCUCAAGAAAAGGGCAUACCACUAACUACCGAUGCAGUCUCGCCUGCGCUUGGUGGUUUGGACCAGGCUCGGAGUGUUUUAGGGGAGGUGACAUCUGCUCUUGAACAACUAGAUGUAAGACCCAGUCAUGCGCAGCAGGCAGCGAAGGUUGACAAACGAGCUCAUCCAUGGGUUCUACAUGCCAGGUCACUCAAGAACGAAGCCGCAAGUGCCACGGCUGCAGAGGAAGCCAUCACGCGUGCGGAGGCCAAGCUUAUCAACACAGUUACACUGUUGAAGGUUAAGGAUAAGGAUCUAGAGGAAGCACAUCUCAAGAUCGAGUUGCUGGAAGCCCGCAUGAAGGAUGUCAAGAAACAAAGUGACGAGAUUGCGACGUUGAAAACCCAGGGUGAGGCGGCUGCGUUACGGGAACGCGAGCUCACCGUCAUUGUGGAAGAUUUAACUAAGGACGUCGAAAGGUUGGAGAGGGACCUUGAUCUCAUGAGAAAGGCCGUGGAGGAUGUGGGGCCAAGAAGGGGCACAGUUACUACGGUUUCCUCCGCUGAAGCCGACAAGCAGGUCAAGCGCCUACAUGCGCUUGAGGAAGAAGUGAAGACGCUGCAAUCCAUCGUUGCUCGUUUCCGUGCGGAGUCUCACAAAGCUAUGACUAGUGAUGCUCUCUUAACCAAAUCAUGGCUGGAAGAGCCGCUCAUGGUAAAACCUAUCAGCCGCGAUCCUCCUGAAGCAACAAUGAUCCGGGAUGCACGUGCUUUGCUCUGUACACUGCGUGAGUUCACUUCCGAGGCGAAAGUGGUUGAUCUUUCCACGUCCUCCGUAUUUGAUGGGAGUCAUGGGAGGAAGUGGGUUCCAGUCAAGAAGACGGCGCGAUGGCAAGUCCUCAAGGAUGCCGAGGAGUGGAGCAAAAUUACCGUAAGAAAGGAGAAUAUGUUAAAGACGCUGAGGAUGGGAAGCAGGAAGAAGGAAGCGUCUGAUACAGCGAACAGGAAGCUGCUACCUGCAGUAAAGGUUGCGGGAUGA